AUGCCGCAAAGCGGAGCGAAACUCUCCAGAGAGGAGCGGCGUAGGGGCGAAAUUGCCCUCAGUGAAUUCGCAGAAUAUGCAGAGAAACAGCAGGCGCAUCGCUCAGCCUUCGUCGGCACCAGCGAUAGCGGAUACGACACCGCUAGCAUCCCCCGCCAUACCGAAGACCAUGCUGAACUGGACAUUCUCGACCAGCUCACACUGUCCGAUGCCCCGAGGACGGCUAGGCUGAAAGACCUGCUGCUCGGUACGGGUGAUGAGACAGAGGGUAGCCUGCAGCUACUGGCCAGUAUUUUGCAGGCCCGCAUCGACGAGGGUCAUGGAGAAACGAUCUUCGACCUAGGACUCGAGGAUGGAGGAGACUCGAUGGGAUUCGACCUGGCUCAGUGGAACACGGCGCUUCAGCGUUUGCGGGAGGCGGCUGAAACCCUUCCUGCACACUGCCGUAUCCUGCUAACGCACAACGUUGGUGGUCCCGAGGAGUCGAAGACCAAGCAUGACCGUCUCAAGGAUGCCUGGGGCAAGAUCCUGAUUCGGCAGCCGGUGGACACGGUCGAGGAGAUGGCUGAGAUUCGGAUUGCGGUUGUUGGGAAUGUCGACGCAGGGAAGAGUACCAUGCUCGGAGUCCUCGUCAAGGGGAACCUGGACGAUGGCCGAGGUCGAGCGCGAGUCAACCUGUUCCGUCAUAAGCAUGAGAUAGAAAGUGGGCGGACCAGCUCGGUAGGGCUGGAGAUCAUGGGCUUUGAUAGCCGCGGUGAUAUUGUUGGGAAUCCGCAAGGGCGCAAACUCUCCUGGGAAGAGAUAGGGAAGCGGUCCGCGAAGGUGAUCUCCUUCUCCGAUCUUGCCGGCCAUGAGCGAUACCUGAGGACAACAGUCUUUGGGAUGUUGAGCAGCAGCCCCAAUUACUGCCUACUGAUGGUCGCCGCAAACAAUGGCCUGAUCGGCAUGAGUAAGGAGCAUCUCGGUAUUGCCUUGGCUCUGAAUGUUCCAGUCAUGGUCAUCAUCACCAAGAUCGAUAUCUGCCCGCCCCACAUCUUGCAGGAGACUAUCUCUCAACUGACUAGGAUUCUCAAGUCGCAUGGAGCGCACAAGAUCCCUAUAUUCGUAAAGGAUAUGGAGGAGACCAUCAACACCGCCGCGCAGUUUGUCAGCCCGCGCAUCUGCCCUAUCUUCCAAGUGUCAAAUGUCACGGGGGAGAAUCUCGAGUUGGUUCGCAUGUUCCUGAACAUCCUUCCUCAUCGCGGCCAGUACAACGUCAAUGCUCCAUUUGAAUUCUUGGUCAAUGACACCUUCUCGGUUCCUCAUGUUGGUACGGUGGUGUCGGGGGUGGCCAAGUCCGGUGUGAUUCACGUUGGCGAUAAAGUGCUUGUCGGACCCGACUCUCUCGGCCAGUUCACCACCACCACCAUCAAGUCCAUCGAACGCAAGCGGAUCCAGGCAAACGCUUGCUUUGCAGGGCAGUCCGGCUCCUUCGCACUCAAGGGCGUCCGUCGAAGAGAGGUUCGCAAGGGGAUGGUCGUUCUCAAGAAAUUGGAACAGCCUCCCAAGGUCUAUAGAGAGUUUGUUGCGGAGGUGCUUAUUCUUUCCCACGCGACCACUAUCAAACCUCGAUACCAAGCAAUGCUCCACGUCGGGGCGGUCAGCCAGACGUGCUCGGUCAUCGAUAUCGAUCGUCCUUUCAUCCGGACCGGCGAUCGUGUUCUCGUCGCGUUCCGAUUCAUCCAACGUCCCGAAUUCUUGGCUCCUGGCGAUCGAGUUUUGUUCCGUGAAGGCAAAACGAAGGGCCUGGGAAUUGUUAAAAGCGUUGGAUACGACCCGGAUCAUCCUCUCAGUGCUGGCGCUCAGACGAAAUGA